ACCUGCGGGUGCUCGAGGAGCAGAUCCAGCUGACCAGAGAGCUUGUGGCCGAACGAGCGCAUCAGGAAGCCGAGGCGGCCAGAGGGUCCUGAAGAGCCCACCUGAGCAGGAGGCAUGGACAGCGGGGACCAGAGGGGCCUGCCAGGGCAGGAUGAGGAGGCCAUGUGCACAUCCGCCUCGGAAGGCUUGGAGGAGGGGGAAGUGGAGGGGGAAACUCUCUUGAUUGUGGAGUCAGAAGACCAAGCAUCGGUGGACCUUUCUCACGACCAGAGUGGCGACUCUCUGAACAGCGACGUGGGCGAGGACGGAGAGGGCAGCUGGAACGAAGACAUGUCCUUCUACUGCGACAAAUGCCACAAGUGGAUUCCUUCUGCCCAGCUCCGAGGAGAGCAGCCCAGCUACCUGAAAGGAGACAACUUCUUCAAGUUCAUCUGCUUGGAAUGCUCCGAUGAUGGCAAGGAGAGCUUCGAGAGGAUGCGGCUCACGUGGCAGCAGGUGGUGAUGCUGGCCAUGUAUAACUUGUCUCUGGAGGGCACAGGCCGGCAGGGCUACUUCCGGUGGAAGGAAGACAUCUGCGCCUUCAUUAGUCGACACUGGACCUUCCUACUGGGCACCAGGAAGAAGACGUCCACAUGGUGGAGCACGGUGGCGGGGUGUCUGUCUGUGGGCAGCCCGACGUUUUUCCGUUCGGGGGCACAGGAGUUUGGUGAGCCUGGCUGGUGGAAGCUGGUCCAAAACCGGCCACCGACCCUGAGACCGGAUGGGGAGAAGACCUCCACCGCCGCCCUCAAGGCCAAAGCCGUGUCCAAGCCAUGCAUGGAUCCCACCAUUACGGUGGAGGGCCUGCGGAAACGUGGGGGGCGUAACCCGGUGGAAAGUGCUAUGCAGCUGAAGGAGAAGCGCUCUCGCACACAGGAGGCCAAGGACAUCCGGCGGGCGCAGAAAGAGGCUGCCGGCUUCCUGGACCGCAGUGCGUCCUCCACACCCGUCAAAAUGGGUAACCGUGGCCGACGGCCUGACCUGCAGCUGGAGAAGGGCGAGGUCAUCGACUUCUCCUCGCUCAGUUCGUCAGACAGGACGCCCCUCACGUCUCCCUCUCCGUCCCCCUCACCUGAUUUCUCGGCCCCGGGGACGCCCGCUUCUCACUCGGCUACGCCCAGCCUGCUGUCGGAGGCGGACCUCAUUCCUGAUGUUAUGCCACCUCAGGCGCUGUUCCACGAUGAUGAGGAGCUGGACGGAGAGGGCGUGAUCGACCCAGGCAUCGAGUAUGUCCCCCCUCCCAGCAUGCCCCUGGCAGCAGGUGCACUCUAUGUGAGAAAGAAGCAGCAGCGGCCUGCCGAACUCAUCAAACAGGAGCCGGAGAGUGAAGACGAGGAGCGGGGCCGCGAGGUGGAAGAAGAAGGCCAGGACGAAGGCAUGCGGUCUCGGGCCUCUGCUGGCGGCGAGCGGAGGAAGGAGAAGGGCCUAGAGAAGGCAGAGUCCGGGCCCCGCUACACCCUCCUCGGCCUGUAUGAGGAGCGUAUGCUGCUGCGGAGGUUGGAGUCCUGCCCCCAAGCGCUAGCCGUCACCCCGCAGGCCAAGCGGCUCCGGCGCAAGCUCCUGGUCCGGCAAGCUAAACGCGAGCGAGGGCUCCCCCUGCUUGAUGCGGACCAGGCUGUCAGCGCUGCCCUCAGCCUGGUUGGGGGCGUGUAUGGCGCGCAGGCCGGCGUGGCCACCCGUGAGGCGGGCAAGUACAGGACGACCAGCCAGGACCUGCGUAUACUCGAUCGCUUUCAGGUCACGGCAUCCAGCAGGAAGGGCUUCUACCAGUCCAACGUCUCCUUCUGGCACAGACUUAUGGGCUCCGAUGCCUGCGCAGACCAAGGAAUCAAGAGUCCGUACACGUCCAGAACUCUCAAACCUUACAUAAGGAGAGACUAUGAGACGAAGCCGCUGAAGAUGAGCUUGCUUGCAGAGAUCCGUGCAUACCCUCACAGGAACGACUCGUCCUGGGUCCCGGAGCCUGACGCGCCCAUAGACUACUGCUACGUGCGGCCCAACCACAUCCCCUCCGUCAACUCCAUGUGCCACGACAUGUUCUGGCCUGGUGUGGAUCUGUCCGAGUGCCUGCAGUACCCAGACUUCAGUGUGGUGGUGCUUUAUAAGAAGGUGGUAAUCGGUUUUGGCUUCAUGGUGCCAGACGUGAAAUACAACGAGGCUUAUAUCUCCUUCCUGCUGGUGCAUCCAGAGUGGAGGAGGGCCGGCAUCGCCACCUUCAUGAUCUACCAUCUCAUUCAGACGUGUAUGGGGAAGGACGUGACUCUGCAUGUGUCGGCCAGUAACCCAGCCAUGCUGCUCUACCAGAAGUUUGGCUUUAAGACGGAGGAGUACAUCCUGGACUUCUACGACAAAUAUUACCCAGUGGACAGCAAAGAGUGUCGCCACGCCUUCUUCCUGAGACUACGGCGCUGAGCUGCCCGUCACUUGUGAUUGGACAACCAGGCAUGGGCUGUAUUCACCGAUCUUCACCGACUGGACAGAAAGGUUCAAAAGCUGAGACAUCAGAGUAAACGACAUCUGUCCGCUGACUUUCCGUUCGUUUUUUGCCUAUAUAAGUGCAAGCCAGUAGUACUGGACAGCAGCUCGGUAUUUGUUUUGGCUUUGUGUUCCAGCACACCAGCUUUCAAAUGAAACAGUGAGAAUGAGUUUAAAGUGCAGAAUGUCAGCUUUAAGUCCAGGAUGUUUACAUCUCUAUAGGAUGGUGAUUUCUAUGUCGUUUGAGCAAUAUUGACAAUUGUAUUGCAUGUAUGUUAACAGUACUUACGUAUUCUUUGGAAUAACAGAAACAUGACCCAGCCUUUAGCAUGAGAAUAACAUCACAUCACCAUUUUUUACUAAUUGCAAAAUCAGUAAGGCUCUGUUCACAUUACAAGCCUUGUUGAUCAAAUCCGAUUUUUUGCACAAAUCUGAUCUCUCUGACAUGAUGGUUCACACUUGUUUAGGUAGAUGAUUCAAAUCUGUCAUUAAUGUGAUGAAC